AUGUCUCGCAUGGAACUCGACCGCCCCUUCUACGUCCCCGGGGACACAAUCUCCGGCAACAUCGUGGCCUGCGCUCCGACCGAUGGGCCCUUCAAUGUUCUGCUGGAGCUACGCCUGUACGAGGUGUUCUACCGGUCAUACUCGGCCCAUCACACGGAAGACCUGGUUGUCGGGCGAAAUGGCAACCAAUCGGUCAUUUUGGAGCAGCAGACCCUUCCAUCGGGCAUCGUCACAGGUGGCCCCCAUCAAGCGGUGGCCCUUCCCUUCGUCAUCCACCUUAGUGAUCGUCUCGAGCCGAGCAUCUCCAUCCUCCGGCCUCGGAGCUACUCCUUCGCCAUUUUCUACCGCCUGGAAGCACGGCUCCUCUCCGGCCAUUCGUCUGAGGCGGUGCCCAUCACCUGGGCCACGCUCUGUGUCAUCCGGCCGCAGUCCCCCAUCUCCCCGCCCGGCGUGUCCUACCUGUCUUUCUUCCCCCUGGCUACUGCCCCGCGUGCCAACAACCUCUCCUCCCCCUGCCCGAUGUCCCCAAUGUCGGGCGUCCAUGUCACCGGUCAUUUGGAUCGCAUGGCAUACAAUGCCGGCGAUCAGGUGGCCCUCGCCCUGUCCAUCGUCAAUCAGUCCUCCAAGAAGCUCAAGGACAUCAAAGUCCGCUUGAAUCUGGCCUUCUCGGUCCGGCACCAUGUUGCCACCACCCAGGUGUACAUCUACUCCAAUAUCCAGAAGCAGAAACUUCCUCUCAAGAUCGCCCCAGGGGAGACUGCCAAUGAAAACAUCGUUUUCACCUUGCCCACCAAGGCUCCCUCCUCCACAGCGGCUCGGCUCUUCAAUAUCUAUUACGAGAUCGUCGUCAUUCUGCCCAACAAGGCGCCCUAUCGUGCGGUCUUCGCCGUGACGGCACCCCCACCAGAUGCACAGGCCCUCAGCUCGCUCGACACCCUCGGGAAGCAGGUCUACAGCAACGCCAUCGUCAAGACCGAGUCUGUCUCCGGUUUCCUGCUCUCCGGCCGCAUGGGGUUAUUUGCCAACAUGUUCCAAAACGACUGA